CUCACCGGCGGCACUGGCAUGAUUGGCUUCAAAACUCUUGUUGAAGUCCUCAAAGCCGGUUACAAAGUCCGCGCCGCUGUCCGCAACCAAGCUGGUUUUGACCGCAUCGCCUCGCUCAAGCCUCUUGCUCCCUAUGUCUCAAACCUAGAGAGCAUCAUUGUCCCCGACAUUACUGUUCCCGGGGCUUACGAUGAAGCCGUCAAGGGUGUCAAAUAUGUCGUGCACGUUGCUUCUCCACUUGUCCGGCCAGUUGAUACCGAAGAGGGCUUUCAAUCUGAAGUUAUCCAGCCCGCCAUUCGGGGCACAGUCAGCAUCUUGGAGGCUGCACACAAGGUGACCGGCAUCGAAAGAAUCGUCAUUACUGCCUCCAUCUUGUCCGUUGCUUCUUUCGAGAGCUUGGCCAGUGGAGUCAAGACCGACGAGAAAACUCGCGCCGUCAACACCGUGGGACCCUAUGCAUCACCCGUCAACGCCUACCAAGUCUCCAAAGCUCUAGCUUUCGAGGCCACCAACAAAUUCGUCGCUGAGAAGAAGCCCGCCUUCUCCGUCAUCAACAUCAUGCCUGCCUUCGUCGUCGGUCGCGAUGACACCAUCACCGACGCUUCAGAUAUCGUCAAGGGCUCCAACGCCUUCCUCAUUGGCCCUCUCCUCGGCCAUGCUCGUGAUCAGCCCCUGAUUGGUGCCGUCGUUCACGUCGACGACGUUGCCAAGAUGCACGUUCGGUCUCUGGACUCGUCCAUUGUCAAGGGCAACGAGGAUUUCCUUGCAUAUUCACCUCCCUCAAUUGACUGGGCCGAUUCCUUCGAAAUCGUCAAGAGACGCUUCCCAGAGGCGUAUGCUGAUGGCGUCUUCAAAUUCGAGUCUGUUCCCCGGCCGAUCACGGCCCCAGUUAACGUCGAUUCAUCCAAGGCUGAGAAGACUUUUGGCAAAUUCAAGUCGUUCGAAGAGCAGACAGUGUCUGUUGUAGCGCACUAUCUCGAACUG